CAGGCCCCGCCCCGCCGCUCGCGCGCCAGGCCCGGGCGGCGCCGACGCGCUUGGCGGGAGAUAGAAAAGUGCUUCAGCCCGCGCCGGCGGCGGCUGCAGUUCCUGCGAGCGGAGAGCGCGGGACCUGCGGACACGCUGACGACGUCGAGCGCGGCCCGGGGCCCGGAGCGGCCGGAGCAGCCUGGGUCUUGACCCCGGCCCGGCUCCCGCUCCGGGCUCAGCCAGCGGGCAGGCGAGCGCGGCGCGGUCCGGGCCGGGGGGGAUGUCUCGGCGGACGCGCGGCGAGGAGUUGGAUGAGCUGCACUACCAGGACACAGAUUCAGAUGUGCCGGAGCAGAGGGAUAGCAAGUGCAAGGUCAAAUGGACCCACGAGGAGGACGAGCAGCUGAGGGCCCUGGUGAGGCAGUUUGGACAGCAGGACUGGAAGUUCCUGGCCAGCCACUUCCCUAACCGCACUGACCAGCAAUGCCAGUACAGGUGGCUGAGAGUUCUGAAUCCAGACCUUGUCAAGGGGCCAUGGACCAAAGAGGAAGACCAAAAGGUCAUCGAGCUGGUUAAGAAGUAUGGCACAAAGCAGUGGACGCUGAUUGCCAAGCACCUGAAGGGCCGGCUGGGGAAGCAGUGCCGUGAACGUUGGCACAACCACCUCAACCCUGAGGUGAAGAAGUCUUGCUGGACUGAGGAGGAGGACCGCAUCAUCUGCGAGGCCCACAAGGUGCUGGGCAACCGCUGGGCAGAGAUUGCCAAGAUGUUGCCAGGGAGGUGCUGGCAACUACUGUAUAGUCUAUAUCUCAGUGAAAUCCAAAUUAUGUAUUCUUGUGUCUUACAGGGAAGCCUUCUGACCAGCUGGCCCUCUGGCCCUCCUACCAUGAAGGAGGAGGAAAGCAGUGAGGAGGAACCUACAGCAGCCACCACUUGGAAGGAGCAGGAGCCCAUCCCUACAGAUCUGGAUGCAGUGCGAACACCAGAGCCCUUGGAGGAAUUCCCGAAGCGUGAGGACCAGGAAGGCUCCCCGCCGGAAAUGAGCCUGCCCUACAAGUGGGUGGUGGAGGCUACAAAUCUCCUCAUCCCUGCCGUGGGUUCUAGCCUCUCUGAAGCCCUGGACUUGAUUGAAUCGGACCCCGAUGCUUGGUGUGACUUGAGUAAAUUUGACCUCCCUGAGGAGCCAUCUGCAGAGGACAGUAUCAACAACAACCUGGUGCAGCCGCAAGCGUCACAUCAGCAGCAGGUCCUGCCACUCCGCCAGCCUGCUGCCCCAGUGCCCAGCGUGACCGAGUACCGCCUGGAUGGCCACACCAUCUCGGACCUCAGUCGGAGCAGCCGGGGCGAGCUGAUCCCCAUCUCCCCCAGCACUGAAGUUGGGGGCUCCGGCAUUGGCACGCCGCCCUCAGUGCUCAAGCGGCAGAGGAAGAGGCGUGUGGCUCUGUCCCCUGUUACUGAGAAUGGCACCAGUCUGUCUUUCCUGGAUUCCUGUAACAGCCUCACCCCCAAGAGCACACCUGUUAAGACCCUGCCCUUCUCACCCUCCCAGUUUCUGAACUUCUGGAAUAAACAGGACACAUUGGAGCUGGAGAGCCCCUCACUGACAUCCACCCCAGUGUGUAGCCAGAAGGUGGUGGUCACCACACCACUGCACCGGGACAAGACACCCCUGCACCAGAAACAUGCUGCGUUUGUAACCCCAGAUCAGAAGUACUCCAUGGACAACACUCCCCACACGCCAACCCCUUUCAAGAAUGCCCUGGAGAAGUACGGACCCCUGAAGCCCCUGCCACAGACCCCUCACCUGGAGGAGGACUUGAAGGAGGUGCUGCGCUCUGAGGCUGGCAUCGAGCUCAUCAUCGAGGAUGACAUCAGGCCCGACAAGCAGAAGAGGAAGCCCGGGGUGCGUCGGAGCCCCGUCAAGAAAGUCCGGAAGUCUCUGGCUCUUGACAUUAUGGAUGAGGAUGUGAAGCUGAUGAUGUCCACACUGCCGAAGGCUCUGUCGUUGCCAACAACUGCCCCUUCAAGCUCCUCCAGCCUCACCCUAUCAGGUAUCAAAGAAGACAACAGCCUGCUCAACCAGGGCUUCUUGCAGGCCAAGCCUGAGAAGGCAGCAGUGGCCCAGAAGCCCCGAAGCCAUUUCUCGACACCUGCCCCUAUGUCCAGUGCCUGGAAGACAGUGGCCUGCGGGGGGACCAGGGACCAGCUCUUCAUGCAAGAGAAAGCCCGGCAGCUCCUGGGCCGCCUGAAGCCCAGCCACACAUCUCGGACCCUCAUCUUGUCCUGAGGUGCUGGGGCGGGUCACGAGCCCAUUCUCAUGUUUACAGGGGUUGGGGGUGCAGAGGGGGUCUGUGAAUUUGAGUGUCACUCAGGUGACCUCCUGCAGGGAACCUUCUGCCACCAGCCCCUCCCCAGACUCUCAGGUGGAGGCAACAAGGCCGUGUGCUGCCCUGUCGCCAAGCCCAGCUCUGGGCAGCUCCUGGUGCUAACAGCAAAGCCCCACACCCAGGCCUGCGUGUUCCCUCCCAAAGGCCACAGGGAGCCCAGUCAGCUUCUCCCAAGCCCAGGUCAGGCCUGGCUCAUCUCAGACCCUGCUUAGGAUCGGGGGCGUGGCCAGGGGUGCUCCUGUGCUCAACCCCAGUUGGUGCAUUUUUUUGGAAGAAUAAAAUUGCCUUUCUCUUUG